AUGCCAGUCGAGCGUGUGUUUUUCGCUUACGACCUGGUUUCGUAUUAUUUAUUUUCUCUUUUCUUUCCUUUUUCUCUUCCUUUCUUUCUUUCUCCCAGAUCCUCAUUCUGUUCAUUAUCUAUCUAUCUAUCUAUCUAUCUAUCUAUCUAUCUAUCUAUCUAUCUCAUUCUGUUCAUAUCUAUCUAUCUAUCUAUCUAUCUAUCUAUCUAUCUAUCUAUCUAUAUCAGUCUGUUCAUAUCUAUCUAUCUAUCUAUCUAUCUAUCUAUCUAUCUAUCUAUCAUCUCAUUCUGUUCAUAUCUAUCUAUCUAUCUAUCUAUCUCAGUCUGUUCAUUAUCUAUCUAUCUAUCUAUCUCAUUCUGUUCAUAUCUAUCUCAGUCUGUUCACAUCUAUCUAUCUAUCUAUCUAUCUCAUUCUGUUCAUAUCUAUCUCAGUCUGUUCAUAUCUAUCUAUCUAUCUAUCUAUCUAUCUAUCUAUCUAUCUAUCUAUCUAUCUCAUUCUACUUUACUUUUUUGUUUAUUUUCUGUUCGUGUUUUAACUUCCUCCUCCUCCUGA